AUGCCGCCCGCCCGUCGUCGUGGAGGCAACACUGCUUCCGCCCGCUCCAAUCAGCCCGUUUUAUCCUUUGGUGCAAAAUCCAGGGUAACAAAGCCGUCUGCUGCCCCUUCGACGCCGUCCGAGAAGACCAAAGCUCUAGAGUCCCUUGAUUCAGAUAUCUCCGAUAAAGAUGUAUCGAAAUAUCUAUCAGAUUCGAAGUCCGUCGAACCCGGGCAGCCUCAUGUGGCUGAGCUUGCUGUGAGGUCUCAAGCAAAGGCCGAGAUCGAGCAACCGUUAUCGGAGGAGGAUAAGAAAGCGGCCAAGAUCACAAAGAAGCAGCUGCAACAAUAUUGGAAUACUGAGGAGUCGAAGGAUAGGGGCCCCAAAGUUCAUCAAGAGGGCCUUUCGCUGGACGAGAAGAUCCUGCGGCAUUUUGAUCUUUCUAGCCAGUAUGGGCCUUGCAUUGGCAUCGCCCGUCUGAAACGAUGGAGGCGAGCAAACUCGCUCAAACUUAACCCUCCAGUGGAAGUUCUCUCAGUGCUCUUGAAGCAGGAGGGAACUGCUGGGCAACGCGCUUAUAUCGAUGAAUUGAUGUCAUGA